GUGGAUUACACCGGCCAGGGAAGAGCAGGAGAGACGGGGGCGCGCUUGCUGUGGAUUACACCGGCCAGGGGAAGAGCAGGAGAGACAAACUGACAAACUGACAAGUGAAGAGCCAGGUUCACACGGUGCUCCGUCGCUACUUCACCGGGAAACUUUACCAGAUUUUAACCUCACUCUGGAGCCUUGGAGUGAGUUUCUUCUUCCGCCACGGAGUGUCCCGCCCCAGAAGAGAAGCUCUGCUCAGGAAGCCAUGCUAAUCAAAGUGUUCCUCUCGCGGUGAGCUGCCUGGCGGACAGUCGGAGGCGUCAUGGCGGAGCUGCCUAUUGCCCCGGGCGAGGUCUACAUCGAGGUGGAGUACGACUAUGAAUACAAGUCCAAGGACCGCCUCAUCACCAUCCACCAGGGGGAAUGCUUCAUGUUGGUCAAGAAAAGCAACGAGGACUGGUGGCAGGUGAGGAAGGAGGAAGGGACUAAACCUUUCUACGUACCCGCUCAGUAUGUCCGUGAAGUGCGUAAAGCUCUCAUGCCCCCUCCCAAAACCCUUCCUCUUCCUGUUGCUGCCCCUGGAAACCCAACUCCACAAAGCGGGGGUGUACUGUGGGUGAAGCCUAUCAGUCUGGAGCUGGGACCUGCGGACAUCCUCCACAGACACGAGUCCAACUACCGGCGCUCCCCCUCUGCACACACCGCCUCUUCUGGGAACUUCAGCCCGCCCACCCAGCGCAAGAACAGUAGCAACCAUCACGACCCCCCCACCACCCCCACCGACCACGACCGAGCUCUGGCGGACAUCCUUCACCACGGUGGAGCCCACCUCCCCGCUCAGAGAGAAAAGUCCAGCACUCUGCCCCGAACCAGAGCCCGAUCCCCGGACAUGGAGCGAUCCCCGCUGGACGUGGACCGCAGGACGGACUCUGCGGGGGAGGAGAGGCGCACCAACGACUCGGAGUCAGGAGACGAGCUCAGCAGCAGCUCCACCGAGCUCCUCCAGACGGUUUCCUCGUCAGGCCACGGCCGCUCCGAGUCUCCGGUCUACACCAACCUGCAGGAGCUGAAGAUCACCCAGAGCAGCCUCCCCCCCGCCCCCUCCAACUCCCCCCUCCACGUGCUGGGAGACUGGGAGACGUACAAGGACCAGCACGGCCGCCACUUCUACUACAACCGCUCCACCCAGGAGAGGACCUGGAAGCCCCCCCGAGCCAGAGAGCCGAGCACCGGGAGCUCCAGAGGAGAGAGCCUGAGCGCCGGAGAGAGCUCCGAGACCACUCCCCUUUCGCUCUCGCCGUCUUUCCUUCCCUUCCUGUCGCUCUCCAUCGGUCGGCUGCAGCCUCUGUCAUCGGAGGACUUCAGUACCUACUCUAGCCAAUCAGACAGUCAGUAUGGCUCGCCGCCGCGUGGUUGGUCGGAGGAGAUGGACGAGCACGGCCACACGCUGUAUGUCAGCGACCAUACCAACGAGAAGUGGUUAAAACACGUUGAUGAGCAGGGCCGACCGUAUUACUACAGUGCCGACGGGUCACGCUCAGAAUGGGAGCUGCCGAAGUUGAACCACUCCCUCCCCCUGCCUGGAGACGCUCCCAAGAGUCGGAGUCUGGACCGGAGAAGCGUCGAGCCCAUCGUCCUCACCAAGUGGAGACACAGCGCCUACGUCCAAGACCCCAACGACAAGCGGCUGAUAAAAACCCGGCGUUUCCGCGCAGGCUCUGCCCGCCAACACCCGUACAAACACCAAGACGCUCCUCUGAGCCCAAAGCCCUCCACUCCAGACUCUGACUCCUGCCCUUCGUCUCCCAAGCCCCCCGCCUCUCCCUCUGAAAAGUGCGGCGUUCUGAAUGUGACAAAGAUCACCGAGCACGGCAAGAAAGUACGGAAGAACUGGACUUCCUCCUGGACGGUGCUGCAAGGAUCCUCGCUGCUGUUCACCAAAAACCAAGGAGGCGGGACCAGCUGGUUUGGAGGCGGUCAGUCUAAGCCAGAGUUCACUGUGGACCUGAGGGGGGGCUCGGUGGAGUGGGCCUCCAAGGACAAAUCCAGCAAGAAGCACGUUAUGGAGGUGAAGACUCGGCGGGGCACCGAGCUGCUGAUGCAGUCGGAUAACGACGGGCUCAUGAGCGACUGGUACCGAGCGCUGCUGGACACCAUCAGCACCCAUGCUUGGGAGGAGUCUGAUGAGGCCAUUGAAGACGACAUGCCGGAGUCGCCCGGUGCAGAGAAACACGACAAGGAGAAAGAACAGAGAGACUCAAAGAAAGGCAGAGCCAUGAAGACGUCCAGCAGCAUGGACGCCUCGGACAACAAGAAGACGAGACACAAGCUGAAGAAGUUCCUGACGCGCCGGCCCACUCUGCAGGCCGUCAGAGACAAGGGAUACAUCGAAGAUCAGGUGUUCGGCUGCAGUCUGUCCACUUUGUGUCAAAGAGAGAACGGCUCCGUGCCAAUCUUUGUCACGAUGUGCAUCGACCACGUGGAGAACAAUGGUCUGUGUGUAGACGGGCUGUACAGAGUCAGUGGGAACCUGGCUAUCAUACAGAAACUACGCUUUGCUAUCAAUCAUGAUGAGAGGGUGAACCUGUCAGACUCCAAGUGGGAGGACUUCCAUGUGAUCACUGGAGCGUUGAAGAUGUACUUCAGAGAGCUGCCGGAGCCUCUCUUCACCUACGCUCUCUUCCACGACUUCAUCAGCGCAAUCAAGAGUCCAGACUACAAGCAGCGGGUUCAGUCCAUCAAAGAUCUGGUCCGACAGCUGCCCGUCUGCAACCACGACACCAUGCAGACUCUCUUCAAGCACCUCAGGAAGGUGAUCGAGUACGGCGAGGAGAACCGUAUGACCACUCAGAGCGUGGCCAUCGUGUACGGCCCCACGCUGCUGCGCCCCGAACAGGAGACGUGGAACAUCGCGGUCCACAUGGUGUACCAGAACCAGAUCGUGGAGCUCAUACUGCUGGAGUACGAGAACAUUUUCGGCAGGUAGAGAGAGACGCUGGAGGACGAGCCUCUUGUUUUUCUCUCUCACUCUCCCAACGCAGAGCUCUUCCUAACCCAGCGUGGCCCUGCCGAACACAGCCUGGCUCGGAUCGGCUCGACUCAGCUUCUCUUCAUCUCAAAUUGUAGUCACUGGCUUUCUCCUCUCGUACAACCUCCGGACCAAAGCUACGCAAAUGUGUCAUAAACCAAACCAUAGAUGUAUCUAACUAGCGACCAAGAAACAGGUUUGCACUUUUCAGUAUCUCAUUUUCUCCUGCAGCUGCAUUUGUGCCACUUUACUGCAAUAGUUGACGUCCAAAUGUCCCGACACUGGAUUCCUAAUACAGGGCCAUGAACGCCUCAUCUACUGCACAGAGACCAAAGCAUCAGUUGGCUCGAAGUAAGAAGGAGGCGUCAGUAUUGGAGGUUGGAGACUGGACUGUAUUGUAUAACCUGUCACCACUCCUGUAAUAACCACACUGGGGAACCAAGAGAAGAAACCUAACUGCUGUGCUUGGCUUUAGACGUUUAGACACUAAGAGAAGCAACGUGGAGAAGAAGGGAUGAUAUGGAACGCUUUUAUUUAGGAAUGAUAUGAACAUUUACUGCCCUUUCCGUACAGUUCUCCCUUUGUCUUUCCUUUUAUUUCAGCAGGAAUGCUUCACCAUCAAAAUGACCACUUGUAUAUCAAAUUACUCGACCCGUGUUUUCUUAAGUUUUUGAAGAAGAUGUCGUUUUUCUUGUAUCCCUCUACGGUAGGAAGAAUUCGAAAAACUGUUUGACGAAUUGACGUAAAUUGGGACGUAUUUUAAACCCUUUAUUUAAAAGCUCUCACAUUUUGUGCCGUAAAGCUCAAUUAUCCUGUCACAUGCUAGUCAUUCCAUUUAUUUAUAAAACCUUACAUUAUAAAAGACAUCAAAGUUUCACAUUUGAGCAUCAUUUGACCCUCCGUGAGACUAGUCAUGUGGAAGUGCUUUAAAUAGUAAGCUCUUAAUGAAGAAUUCAAGAUAACGUGGUGAAUAAUUGUCUUUUUGGAAAAUGGUCAUUCCUUUAAACGUUCCCCUUCUGCCUCUUUCCAUCUCUUUCUUUGUUCUUCUUCCUGUAUUCCUGAAAUACUGGACCAGGGUCCUCUGAACACACGAGAGGUUUCCACUCUGUAAUAUAUCUGCACGCCACCUUCUCCAUUUGGCUUUAUGAACAAAUCACCUUGCAGCAGCCAGAACUUGAACAACAAACAAAUGGUACUCAGCUGUGUCUUUCCUUGACUCAUGGAUAUGAAAUGUUAAGGCCAACCGUCUUUGAACCAUGACUCCAUUGAUACAUCUGUACAGUGUUUAUGUGUGUGCAUGUGGACGAGGGGGGGGUGGAUGGAUGAAUGGACUCGAUGACAAUAUAUUGUACAAAUAGUGAAUAUAAAUAUGUAUGCUUGGAAUGUUAAAGAAUAUGAUAAGAGGGAGAAAUCACUAUUGUUGUGAUCGUUGUGUGACCAACAGAGGAAUAAAGUUCUGAACUGGGGAUGUGGAGGUUUACCUGUGGUUCAGGUAAAUGAAAGAUUGUUUGAAUGUAACUUUGGAGAGUAACUGUUGGCUUUACCAAACUGGAAUAAAGACCUCUGAUAAGAGAUAUUUCCAAACGA